CGAAGAAAUGUGUUAAGAACAUCUUUAAUUAGUGGACAUGUGGCAACCAUUUGGGUACUUAGAAAAGUGUCAAAGUACUAGAAAAGUGUCAAAUCAGAAAAAUAUAAUGGAUACUCUUGCAUUGCGAGAUUCCGCCACUGAAGUUGUAGUGGUAGAUAAUUCUGCUGGUUUGGAAGAUACACUUGAUUCAACUCCAGUACUGCGUCUUCGUUUGAAAAAGCCGAAAUCGGACAGACAAGUUGCCUGGCGUGAGGGUACCAUUGAUAAUGAAGGCAUGGGGAAAAAAAAAUCGAAGUGCUGCUGCAUAUAUAAAAAGCCGGUAAGUUUUGGAGAAAGCUCAUCUUCCGAUGAUGACGAGUGUGAGCACUGUUUUGGGCAUCCUGAAAAGCGCCGGAGAAAUAUCAAUAAAAGCCAUAAUCAGGGUAACGAUUUAACGGAUAACAACAGUAAUGAAAACAGAGAAUCUGAAAUAGAUAUUACUGAAAUACAGCAACCAAAGGAUGAAAAUGGCUCCCACGUUAUAAGUGAUUGACCAUAAGUUACAAACUUUUAACGAGAAUCAGUUACAGAAUCAUUAUGCAAAUUUUGCAACAAUAUAGUUUGUUAUUUUUUUUUGUAAAUCCCAAGUUAGGUGUCAUUCGUUUCUAAAUAAAUUGCAACCUUUCGGUUUGUUUACCUAAAUUUAUGAUAAACGAA